AUGCUGCGACAGGGAUACCUCAAGGAAUUGCUGAGCGAUCGGGCAAGAACCAACUUUGCCAGGGGACGCGAUCAUCACGGGCCGCCGAAACCGCCCUCGCUAGCCUGCACCAUCUAUAUGAUCAUCGGCGGAGGAGACGACGCUUCCAUCAAUAGCGUGAAGUUCAUCACGACUCUCAAGCUCAAACGGUCGAUCACCUAUGAACGGUAUGAUGAACUCAAAGAAAGUAUCAUCUUCGAUAAGUCAGAUACCAACGGUUUGACAUUCCCUCAUUAUGACGCUCUUGUUAUUACUUUACGAAUUUUAGAUACCGACAUAAGACGGAUUAUGGUAGAUGAUGGGAGCGGUGCGUGUAUUAUCUAUCCCCGAGUACUCACACAAAUGAAACUCGAGGACAAGAUAGUACCACGCUGCAUCACACUAAUAAGAUUUAACAUUGCAGUUGAACGAAUAUCUGGCAAGAUCAUACUCCCCGUCCUGGCGGGUGGCAUCACUUUGGAGAUCACAUUCCACAUCAUGGACCAGGAUACGACAUACAACGCCAUAAUAGGGCGACCGUGGAUACAUUCCAUGAGGGCCAUACCCUCCAGCUUGUACCAAGUCAUCAAAUUCCCAACUCCAUGGGGCAUAUUCAGCAUAAUCGGGGAACAACGCACAUCCCAAGAGUGCUACCGCAUCACCCUAGACUGCACGACUGCUCAACAAAGGGAAGACAAAGAGAAAAAAGCAUAG